AUGGACCUGGGCCCAACACUUAAGGUGGAAAAGGAGAUUUGGAGCUGGAAAAAGUGGGAUAAAGGGCUGGAUUCCCCCAGGAACCCCGCCAAGUUCAGGAAAAGGCAGGAAAAGGAAAAACGCCGGAAGCACAUGCGGCAGUCCACCACGGAGCACACGCGGCAGACGUUCCUGCGGCUGCAGGAGCGCCAGGUGCAGUCCAAGAGGAAAAAGGGAGGCACCAGCCACGAGCGGCCCCUGACCCAGGAGGAGCUGCUGGAGGAGGCCAAGAUCACCGAGGAGAUCAACCUGCGCUCCCUGGAGAACUACGAGCGGCUGGAGGCGGACAAGAAGAAGCAGGUGCAGAAGAAGAGGAAGAUCGUGGGCCCCGUGAUCCGCUACUGGUCCCUGACCAUGCCCCUCCUGCCCGAGCCCGGCCGCGACGACCCCGUGGACGUCGAGGGGCUGGACCCCGAGGCGCAGCCCGGCGCCGCCGCGGCGCCGCCGUCGCCGGGGAAGUGCUCGCGCACCUUCAUCUCCUUCAGCGACGACGCCACCUUCGAGCGCUGCUUCCCGCGGGCCAAGGCGCCGCGGCUGCCGGUGCGGGAGCUGUGCCCCGUCACCCACAAGCCGGCCCUGUACCGCGACCCCAUCACCGACAUCCCCUACUCCAACGCCCGCGCCUUCCGCAUCAUCCGCGAGGCCUACCGCAAGUACGUCACCGCGCACGGGCUGCCCAGCGCCGCCGCCGCCGCCGCGCCCGCCGACGGCCCCGCCGCGCGGCCCGGCCGGCAGAAGAUCGUCAUCAAGCAGAGCGUCGCCAGCGCCUGAGAUUUGGGCUGUGGGGCGUGGGGUGUGGGAGUGUUCCUCACAAAAUGGCAGAAAAUCGUCAUCAAACAGAGCGUGCUCAGCGCCUGAGAUUUGGGAUUUGGGAUUUGGGGUAUGGGAGUGUUCCUCCCAAAAUCGUCAUCAAACAGAACGUGCUCAGUGCCUGAGAUUUGGGCUGUGGGGCGUGGGGUGGUGUUCCUCACAAAAUGGCAGAAAAUCGUCAUCAAACAGAGUGUGCUCAGUGCCUGAGAUUUGGGAUUUGGGAUUUGGGGUGUGGGAGUGUUCCUCACAAAAUCGUCAUCAAACAGAACGUGCUCAGUGACUGAGAUUUGGGGUGUGGGAUUUGGGGUAUGGGAGUGUUCCUCCCAAAAUCGUCAUCAAACACGACGUGCUCAGUGCCUGAGAUUUGGGAUUUGGGAUUUGGGGUGUGGGAGUGUUCCUCACAAAAUGGCAGAAAAUUGUCAUCAAGCA